AUGGCCUCGCGCAGCGCACGCAGCCUCGCCACCGUCGCGCAGCACGUCGAACCUAUCACGCUCACCACUGAGGGCGCCGUGUCCAUCUCGUAUCCAACCCUGGUAAAGUUUCCGUACGCUCUUACCCCAGCAAUCGACAAGGCAUUUGGUUCUCAUCCUGAUUCUCUCGGGAUCAUCGUAGUACGCGAUUUGCCGAGUAAUUUUGCCUCUGCGAGGGAGAGGCUCCUCAAGCUCGCGUACCAGUUCGCCAAUCUUGAUAGCGAAACCAGGGAACGCUAUGCAGAUCCCAAUAGCAAAUAUAGUUUCGGAUGGUCUCAUGGCAAAGAAGUUAUGAACGGGAGGCCAGAUACUCUCAAAGGUUCUUAUUACGCCAACCCUAUCAUAGAUACUCCUAGCGUCUCUGCUACACAACGAGAUUCUUACCCCGAAUAUUAUGGAUCAAAUAUCUGGCCCAGCAAUAACACAAAAGGCAUUGAAGGAUUUGAAGAGGCUUUCAAGGACCUCGGAAGACUUAUCUUCGGCAUUGGCUGCGAGCUUGCAACUGCCUGCCAACCCUUCGCGUCUUCGCAUCUCGUCGACACGUCUGUCUCGCUGGCAGACCUCAUUAAAUCGUCACAGACGACCAAAGCGCGUCUCUUACACUACUUCCCGCCAUCUACCGAGAGCAUCAUCCCCGCUGAGGACGAACCCAUCGACAGCUGGUGUGGUUUUCACCUCGAUCACUCCUUGCUCACUGGACUCUGUUCGGCCAUGUUCCUCCGCCCCGGCGCGCAUGGCGAGCCUGAAGGGGUCCAGUCACCUUCACCCACCUCUGGGCUGUAUAUCCGCACCCGCGGCGGCGCACUCACCAAGGUCGCGAUUCCGCCCGACUGCCUGGCCUUCCAGACCGGCGAAGCACUUGAGCUAGCGACCUCUGGCAGCCUCCGCGCAACACCGCACUGUGUGCGCGUCGGUGUGGGCGCGGGUAUGGCGGAUGUCUCCCGCGAAACAUUCGCGCUUUUCAUGCAACCUAACACCGAUCAGCGCAUCGCAGUUGGAGAAACGUUCGGCCAGUUCAGCAAGCGCGUGUUUGAGCGGCACUACGAGCAGGAGAACACCAAGUAA